CCUGACAACAGUGACGUCACACUUACCUGUUCAACAGGUUCUCAAAGUUUCACUUUCACCGUCUUUGUGUCGCAGCGUCUUUUUCUCCGUGUGAAGGUGAAGGUAAACGGUGUGUGUGAGCUGCUGUGAGUUCAGCAGCAUGGAUCAGUGUGAGGAUCCUCACAGCUCUCUGUGGGGGGAACAGAAGAAGCAGAACAAAGCUCAGAGGAAAGAACCUGGAUCUGGAUCUGAACCAGAACCUGGAUCUGAACCAGAACCUGGACCUGAACCCAGCUGUGUGUCCUUCAAGAGUGAUGACUCAAAGCAUAUUUUUGUUGAAUUUAAAGGAGAACAACCUUCUGCUGCAAAGAGAGUGGAGCAGCAGAACUCAGAGGUUCCCAGAGCUCAGUCUGUCCAGCAGCAUCACCUGGACUCCAUAUUCAUGCUGCUGGAGGACAACAUGGUGACUUUUGUGAAGAAGGAGCUGAAGAAGAUGCAGAAGGUUGUGAGUCCAGAUUACCCAGAAUGCUCAGAGAGUCAGAGGGAGGAUGAGGAGGAGUUGGAGGGUGAUGAUGAAGAUGAGAGGAGCAGCAGAGAGAUGUUUGAGCAGAUCACAGUGUUGUUCCUGAGGAGGAUGAAGCAGGAGAAGCUGGCUGACUGUCUGCAGAGCAAACUUGCUGCUGCAGUUUGUAGACGUAAACUUAAAUGUUCUCUGAAGAAGAAGUUCCAGAGAGUGUUUGAGGGCAUCGCUAAAGCAGGACAGAAGACCCUCCUGAAUGAGAUCUACACAGAGCUGUACAUCACAGAGGGAGGGACUGCAGAGGUCAAUGAUGAACAUGAGGUCAGACAGAUUGAAGCAGCAUCCAGGAAAGCAGACAGAGCAGAAACAAGCAUCAGACCAGAAGACAUCUUUAGAGGCUCACCUGGAAGAGAUGGACCAAUCAGAACAGUGAUGACACAGGGAGUGGCUGGCAUCGGGAAAACAGUGUUAACACAGAAGGUGACUCUGGACUGGACUGAAGACAAAAGCAACCAGGACAUCCACUUCAUGUUUCCAUUGACUUUCAGAGAGCUGAAUGUGCUGAAAGAGAGAAAGUUCAGUUUGGUGGAACUUGUUCAUCACUUCUUCAGUGAAACCAAAGCAGCAGGAAUGUGCAGCUUUGAAGACUUCCAGGUUGUGUUGAUCUUUGACGGUCUGGAUGAGUGUCGCCUUCCUCUGGACUUCCACAACAAUGAGGUCCUGACUGAUGUUAGAGAGUCCACCUCAGUGGAUGUGCUGCUGACAAACCUGAUCAGGGGGAAUCUGCUUCCCUCUGCUCGCCUCUGGAUAACCACACGACCUGCAGCAGCCAAUCAGAUCCCUCCUGACUGUGUGGACAUGGUGACGGAGGUCAGAGGGUUCACCGACCCACAGAAGGAGGAGUACUUCAGGAAGAGAUCCAGAGAUGAGGAGCAGGCCAGCAGCAUCAUCUCCCACGUGAAGACAUCACGAAGCCUCCACAUCAUGUGCCACGUCCCAGUGUUCUGCUGGAUCACUGCUACAGUUCUGGAGGAGCUGCUGAGAAGCAGAGAGGGAGGAGAUCUGCCCAGAACCCUGACUGAGAUGUUCAUCCACCACCUGGUGGUUCAGACCAAAGUCAAGAAGGUCAAGUAUGAUGGAGGAGCUGAGACAGAUCCACACUGGAGUCCAGACAGCAGGAGGAUGAUUGACUCUCUGGGAAAACUGGCUUUUGAGCAGCUGCAGAAAGGAAACCUGAUCUUCUAUGAGUCCGACCUGACAGAGUGUGGCAUCGAUGUGGAAGCAGCCUCAAAGUACUCAGGAGUGUUCACACAGAUCUUUAAAGAGGAGAGAGGACUGUACCAGGACAAGGUGUUCUGCUUCGUCCAUCUGAGCGUUCAGGAGUUUCUGGCUGCAGUCUACAUGUUCCACUGUUACACCAACAGGAACGAGGAGGUUCUGGAGGACUUCCUGGGAAAAGACUGGAAAGAGGAGAACAGAGACACUCUGGAUGUGUUCCUGAAGACAGUGAUGGAGAAAUCCCUGAGAAGUAAAAAUGGUCACCUGGACCUGUUUGUUCGCUUCCUUCAUGGCCUCUGUCUGGAGUCCAACCAGAGACUCUUAGGAGGUCUGCUGGGUCAGACAGAGAACCAUCCAGAAAUGAUCCAAAUAAUCAUCAACAACCUGAAGGAGAUGAAGAGUUAUGAAAUGUCUCCAGACAGAAGCAUCAACAUCUUCCACUGUCUGAUGGAGAUGAAGGAUCUGUCAGUACAUCAGGAGAUCCAAGAGUUCCUGCAGUCAGAGAACAGAUCAGAGAAGGAACUCUCUGAGAUCCAGUGCUCAGCUCUGGCCUACAUGCUGCAGAUGUCAGAGGAGGUUCUGGAUGAGUUGGACCUGGACAAGUACAGAACAUCAGAUGAGGGAAAACAGAGACUGAUUCCAGCUGUGAGGAACUGCAGAAAGUUUGGACUUUCUAACUGUAAACUCUCAGAGAGUCACUGUGAAGUCGUGGCCUCAGCUCUGAAGUCCAACCCCUCCCAUCUGAUAGAACUGGACCUGAGCUUUGACACCCUGCAGGAUUCAGGAGUGAAGCAUCUUUGUGGUGGACUGCAGAGUCCAAACUGUAAACUGGAGACUCUUAGAUUGAAGCGCUGCAGUUUGUCAGAGAUCAGCUGUGAUUCUCUGGUCUCAGCUCUGAAGUCCAACCCCUCCCAUCUGGAACAUCUGGACCUGAGCUGGAACAACCUUCAGGAUUCAGGAGUGAAACAUCUGAGUGGUUUUGUGGAGAGUCCAGACUGCAUCCUGAAGACUCUGAGAUUGGUGGGCUGCAGUUUGUCAGAGAUCAGCUGUGAUUCUCUGGUCUCAGCUCUGAAGUCCAACCCCUCACAUCUGGAACAUCUGGACCUGAGCUACAACAACCUGCAGGAUUCAGGAGUGAAACAUCUGAGUGGUUUUGUGGAGAGUCCAGACUGGAUCCUGAAGACUCUGAGGUUGUUUCGCUGCAGUUUGUCAGAGAUCAGCUGUGAUUCUCUGGUCUCAGCUCUGAAGUCCAACCCCUCCCAUCUGGAACAUCUGGAUCUGAGAGGAAACAACCUGCAGGAAUCAUCAGUGAAACAUCUGUUAGAUCUUGUGGAGAGUCCAGACUGCAGCCUGAAGACUCUGAGAUGGAAGUGAUGCUGAUCAGGACGAUGUUUGUGGUGAGAGGAUGAAGUGUGUCCUGAUGAUCCAGAGGUUGAAGCAGCAGCAGCAGCUGGUGUGUAGAGACUCUGACUGGACCAUGUUACUGGGAGGUGGACUGGGAACCAGUAUGAAGUGUGUUGUUCCUGUAUAGUUUAGUGUUGCAGCUCCACACUGUGAAUGAUGGAGAACUGCAGUUAAUGUUGACUUGAUCCGUUGGAGGUUGAUGUCAGGUUGCAGAGUGUGCAGGAAGUUUCAGGAUGUUUCCACUCUGACUGAUAUCUGCCCACUUGGAGCCUCAAUUCCAGGUUUUCAGCCCUUGGUCUGUUUGUGGGAAUGUUCCAGUGUUAUCUUUUAGUUUUGUCCUCACAUUAGCAUGACGUCAUGGUUGGUAAUGAUUCAAUCUGACCUUUAUUAACACAGAAUCAUGAAACAUCCUGACUCAGCUUGUAAAUAACACUCAGGGCCUUCAGGUGUUUCAUCAGGACUUUUCCAGCACAUAUUAGUUGUUUGAUGAUCAUCAGUCAGUUUUCUGCUGACAUGUGGUUCCAUCAGCUCAGUUCCUGCUCUCUGACAGAAACUGUGUUUGUCCAACUGGUCAGUUUGUCAGUCAGGAUGGAAUUCUGAAUCCAGACCUCCAUCAUGAGCUUCAUGUUCAGAUCCACUGUUUGUUUGAGAUGAAAUGUCCUGAAAGUUCCACAGCAGGUGUUUCUCCUGUUUGUAGCUUUAGUUGUGGGCAGUGAGUGUAGGUGAGUCCAAGCAGGGUUUUCAUUUGGACUUUUUUUUGUAAAUAUAUUUUAUUAGAAUUUUAUCAUAUUAGAACAAAACACAAUACACAACAACAACAACAAAAAAGAAAAAAUAUAACACUGAGCAGUCUGAGUUGCCAAAGAAUAAAAAUGAAACUACAAAUAAAUAAUUAAGAUAAAUAUAGAAUACGAGCCAUUUACCACCGCCAUUCCAGACAAUUAAAUGGACAAACCCAAACCCCUUCAUUUCAAUGAACAUAUGCCUUUCUGCAGAAUGUUGCUUAAGUCAACGGGCAGGUAUUCCACUAAGGGGCGCCAUAAAUCCAAAAAGGUGUCAUCAUUGCCUCUUGACUUUGCACUAAGCCUUUCCAUUGGUAAUAGUUUGAAAAUUUCCCUAUACCACUGAGUUACCGUUGGUGGCUUAUCUUUAGUCCAAUUAAACAAUAUACAUUUUCGUGCCAAAAACAAAAGCUUACAUAAUAAUUUGGAUUUGGUCUUGUCAAUUAGCUUAUUAGGAGAUGGCAGCCCCAAUAGAAACUGACCCGGAUCUUUACAGAUUCUCAACUUCAGAAUGCUGCUAAUUUCCUUAGUUAUACAAAGCCAGUAGUUAGAAAUUUUUGGACAACUCCAUAGACAAUGCAGAUAUGUCCCGUUUGUAUUUUGACAUUUAAGACACAAUGGUGAUCUGUGUGAGUCUAUCUUAUUCAGAAAAAUUGGUGUCCUGUGCUGUCUAUGUAGUAUUUUAUACUGAGUUUCCUUAUAUUUAUUGCUGAGAAAUAAUGUGUGAAUAGAUCGAAUACAGUCUUUCCAGCCGUUAUCAUCAUAAUGACAUUGAAGAUCCUCCUCCCAUCGCUUAAUCAACUUUCCAAUAUUAUGUCCAUUAUAGUCCUGCAAAUUGGCACAAAAUUGCUUGAUGAUCGAUUUCUUUACAUUAAGAUUCAUUACAAACUUCUCAAUGGGUCCCGGUAACACUGUAUCUUGAGUUGUUCCCAAACUUGUCUGGAUAAAAUGCCAAACUUGUAAAUAGGCAAAGAAGUCCUUCUGUGGAAUUCCAUACUUGAUCUGAACUUGUGAAAAGGACAUGAAAACAUUGCUGUCAAAUAAAUCACCAAUUAUUUUGAUUCCUGUACUAUACCACCUUUUAAAUAUAGCACUUUUAACCCCAGGAGUGAAAUCAGGAUUAUUAAUUAAAGGUGUUAGAUAAUAAAGAUUAGGAAUAUCAGAAGUGUAUUUGUUCAUAUCUCGCCAAACCUUUAUAUCAUUUGGACUUUUAUCUGCUCAAUGUAUGAGAGUUCAGUUUGGUUCUAACUUGUAGUCAGAAAUCUUUUCUUUUCAGUAGCAUCUAUCGUCCUCUGUUGCUCCUUUUUCUGUCUCCUGUGUUGUUUGAUUUGUGCUAACUCAACAACUUCCUUCAGUAAUGCUGUAGUAUUUCAUCCUCACUUCUCAACCCUGUACAUAUUGUAAAGAUUGUUACUACUAUUUUUAUUAUCAUUUUAUUUCUAUUCUACAUUUAUUGCUGCUGGAACAAUAUGAAUUUCCCCUGCUAUGGGGAGAAAUAAAGGACUUUUCUCAAUAAAUCAGUCAUCUUUGGUUCAGCUGUG